AUGAAGCUCGCCAGUAUCGGGCUUUUGGCCCUUGCAAAUGCAGAUCCUGAAGGGAGCAUAAGAUUGAAUGCGAACGACCCAGGUCAAGAGAAAUUCCGUAACUCAAAGUAUGGUCGUCUUGAGAUGGUAAGCGGUGGAAGAUGGGGAACCAUUUGUGAAAGUGGCUUCGACAGAAAAGCGGCGGAGGUUGCGUGCAGGAGCUUGGGUUUCCGGUCAGCUGGAUGGGUUUCGAAUUAUUUCAAGAUCUCCAAGGGAAACAUCGGAAACUUGAUGAUCGAGACAGGUCGAAAGAUUCACUACUCUGACUUUGUCUGCAACGGCGAAGAAAGCGGUUUGAUGGAAUGCAAGUACAAUGGUGCUGAAGAACUUCCCUGCAUGUGCACUGAAGAACACGACGUCGUGAUGCAGUGCAAGGGUAAAUGCCCGAUCAACCCCGAGACUGAGCAGCCUGAUUGUACUCUUCCUGAUAAGCCAAAGAUGAAGCCAAAACAUAUUUGUGAGGGCAUCCCAGCUGAUUGUAUGAGGCAAUUUGAGAAUAACAUCGAGAACACCUGCAAUGGCUGCCGACAGUGGUUGGAAGCCUGCGAAGCGCACCCAAGUAUCUCCCAUUUUGUCUACCCCAAUGGACGUGCGCCCCCAACUACAGUCCUUAUUACCACAACUCUUCCUGAAACAACAACGACUACAACUACUACGUCAACCACUACUACAACAGUUGCGGAGACCACAACUGUUGACCCAGCGAGCAUGUCAGGCUCGAAAACUGGAGAUGAUUCUGAAGAUGGUGACAGUAGCAGCAACGACGGAGCAAACUGCAGAAUGCUCGAGGGUGGCGGACAAAUCUGUGAUGAAGUUGAAGAAGAGGAUGAAUUCCCAAGCCGAACUGACAAUGCUGACGUGUCAAGCAUGAUCGCCAAUUCUACUUUUGAGUCUUUCUCUGGCGAUGGGGCCGAGGAAAAUGAUGAUGAGGACUUGGGUGCAAAACCAAAUGGAAUCGUCGCUGCGAUCAACUCUGAAAAUCCUUUCGAUUCGGAAGAAGCUAUCAAGGAAGCCGCUGAAAACAACGAAUGGAGCAAGGUCGAGAUCAACAAUAUCCUCAACCCGCACGAGCCCAUCGCUGACGAUAAUCCAAUCAAAACUGAAGCUUCCCCUGACGUGUUGGAUGAAGCUGAAGAGUUCCCCCGCGACGAGUACGAUACGACUUACAUGAACACAAAUGAAGAAUUCGACCGGGAUUCUCAAUCGGACGAUCCCGAGAUUGACGAGGGCAAUUUGAGCUCGGAAGAAGCCGUCGAGCUGGUCGAAGAAGAGAUCCGUGAAGAGGAAGCUGAAGAAAUUGAGGAUGAGUUUGAGUCUGAAGACCGUAAAUCUCCAAUGCCAACAAGCGAACCAAAGCCAGUCCAUGUUCCUACUUCUCCAUCUCAGCCCGAGAAAAAGCACCUUCCAGCAAACACCCAAAAACCAAUUGUCCAGAAUCACGGCGAAGUGUCCGACGCACGAAAAGCCGACGGAGCUCAAAACGAUGACGAGCCCGAAGUUUCUAUCGCAUCGAUGGGCAACAUCAAGAUUCCUGCAUGGGUCUGGAUCCUUGUUGCUAUCAUUUCUGUUAUCGUUAUUCUGUGCCUUGUCCUUGCAAUCACUCGCUGCGUUCGAAACGGAAGCGGCCGAGUUCUUUACAACGAACCUGGACCAAAAGGACCCAAAGUCUAA